AUGAUUCCUCGCCGUAUUAAAGAAAUCUUCAAAAAAUGCGUACAAUUUCUAAAAGCUCUCAAUUUAUUUGCAUCUAUACCACCCUCAACCGAUGAACAUGACCUUCGAAAUGAAAUAUUAUCAACAAGAUUAUUCAUUUUCUUAUUGAUUCUAUGCUUAGUUAUUCUUCUGAUAUAUAAUUCAUUAAUUUCCGUCAUUAGAACAGAUUUUCUUAAAAAACCUUCAUUCCAAGAAUAUGGAAAACUAUAUUCAAAAUAUUCAAAAACACUCACAUGUCCAUGCAAAACAAUCUUAAUUAAUUAUACAGAUAUUCUUCAUAUUAACUAUACACUACAUCAAGUUUGUACAAGUACAUUUGUAACUAAAGAUUGGAUUAAUUAUCUCACAUAUACAGAUGAAUCCAAUAACACGUUGAAUGGAGAUGACUUUCGAAGCAAUGGUAGAUUUAAAUUCCAAGCACUAGCUGCAUUUUGUAAAUUGGCUAAUCGAACAGUUUCUGACAGCUUGGCUGAAUUCCUAUUAAAUAUGUAUAUUAGUACAACUGUAACACCUUUGGAAUUAUUUCAAUCACAAAUUCAAACGUUCAUUUAUCAAUUCAAUUCAUCCAUAAUAAAUAAUUUUCUUCGUUCACUUGAUCUCAUACGAAGUACAACUCAUACUAAUGUCCUAUUCUCUGCACUACGCACGAAUUAUGUCCCUUAUCUACCAUCUCCUUGCUAUGCAAUUUAUUCGAAGUCAUCAAUGUAUUCUGACUGCUACUGUUAUUUGUCAGACAAAUGUGUCAUACCAUCUUCGAUUAAAAAUUCUAAUAACACGCCGUUGUUUGUUGUACCUGGCUUAUAUGAUGGAUGUUAUAUUGUCGAAGCACUUCUUCAGUCUACACUCGAAUGUUUCUAUAAUCAAACAUGUAUUACUCAACUACAAUCAUAUUAUGAAUCCAAUUCAACAAUAAAUAUCCGAUCUUUGAAUGCAUCAUCGAAAAGUAGAUAUUCUGUCCAUUCAACAAUUCAACACCUUCUUGAUCAAUUGAUGAUUGAAGAAUGGAAUCCAAAUGAUAAAUACGAAAACUAUUAUAAUGAAUGUCAACCAAUAGAAUGUAGUUAUAGUUAUCCAACAAGAAAUGGUAUAAUUUAUAUCAUUACUGCAUUGCUUGGACUUGUGGGUGGUUUGGUAACUGUUUUAAAAAUUGUUGUUCCAAGCUUGGUGAAAUUUAUAAGAAGAAAAAAACAACCAGAAAUAUCAAGAAACAAUACUCCAAUGAGUGAAAAGAUUUCCAGUUUAAUUCAGAAAUUAAAAAGAUUUCCUAAAACUUUCAAUUUAUUUCAAUCUAUACCACCAACAACUGAUGAACAUGAUCUUCGAAAUGAAAUAUUAUCAACAAGAUUAUUCAUUUUUCUAUUACUAUUAUCCUUAGGGAAUCUUCUUAUAUAUAAUUCAUUAGGUUCUGCCAUUAAAACAGAUAUUCUUGAAAAACCUUCAUUUCAACAAUAUAAACAAUUAUAUUCAGAAUAUCCUAAAACACUUACAUGUCCAUGCAAAACAAUCUUAAUUAAUUAUACAGACAUUCUUCAUAUUAACUAUACAUUACAUCAAGUAUGCACAAGUAUAUUUGUAACUAAAGAUUGGAUUAAUUAUCUCACAUAUACAGAUGAAUCCAAUACGGUAUAUGGUAAUGACUUUCGAAGCAAUGGUAGAUUUACAUUUCAAGCACUAGUUGUAUUUUGUAAAUUGGCUAAUCGAACAGUCUCUGAUAGCUUGACUGAAUUCCUAUUAAAUAUGUAUAUUAGUACAACUGUAACACCUUUGGAAUUAUUUCAAUCACAAAUUCAAACGUUCAUUUAUCAAUUCAAUUCAUCCAUAAUAAAUAAUUUUCUUCGUACGCUCGAUCUUAUACGAAGUACAACUCAUACUAAUACCUUAUACUCUGUAGCUAGAAAUCAGUACUAUUUUGUGUUAUCGAAUACAGGAACAAUACUGUUGAUACUACAAGAUUAUUCUGAAUGUACUUGCCUUAAGUCAGCCAAAUGUGUGAUACCAUCUUCGAUUAAAAAUUCUAAUAACACGCCAGUGUUUGUUGUACCUGGUUUAUAUGAUGGAUGUUAUAUUGUCGAAGCACUUCUUCAGUCUACACUCGAAUGUUUCUAUAGUCAAACAUGUAUUACUCAACUACAAUCACAUUAUAAUUCUAAUUCAACAAUGAAUAUCAGACUUCUUGAUAUAUCAUCAAAAACUAAAUAUUUUGUGAAUUCCACAGUUCAACACCUUCUUAAUCAAUUGAUGAUUGAAGAAUGGAAUCCAAAUGAUAAAUACGAAAACUAUUACAAUAAAUGUCAACCAAUAGAAUGUAGUUACAGUUAUGAAACAAGAAACGGCAUAGUUUAUAUCAUUACUGCAUUGCUUGGACUUGUGGGUGGUUUGGUAACUGUUUUAAAAAUUGUUGUUCCAAGAAUGGUAAAAUUCAUCAGAAGAAAAAAACAACCAGAAACACCAAGAAAUGAUACAAAUACCAAUGGGCGACUUUUAUUAUUAUGGCAGAAAACAGCUCAUUUUAUUCGCACUCUCAACCUUUUCCCAUCAAUACCGCCUUCAAUUAACGAACGUGAUCUUCGAAAUGAAAUAUUAUCAACAAGAUUAUUCAUUUUCUUAUUAACUCUAUGCUUAGUUAUUCUUCUUAUAUAUAAUGCAUUAGUUUCUGUUAUUAGAACAGAUUUUCUUAAAAAACCGUCACUUGAAGAAUAUGAACGAUUAUAUGCAGAAUAUCCUCAAACACUUACAUGUCCAUGCAAAACAAUCUUAAUUAAUUAUACAGACAUUCUUCAUAUUAACUAUACAUUACAUCAAGUAUGCACAAGUAUAUUUGUAACUGAAACUUGGUUGUCUCACGUCACUGUUACGGAUGAGCAAAGGAAUUAUCUAAAUCAUAAAGACUUUCGAAAUUCAGCCGAUUCAAUAUUUCAAGCACUGACUGCAUUUUGUAAAUUGGCUAACCGAACAGUCGCUGAUAGCUUGACUGAAUUCUUAUUAAAUAUGUAUAUUAGUACAACUGUUACAUCAUUAGAAUUAUUUCAAUCACAAAUUCGAACAUUCAUUCAUCAAUUCAAUUCAUCCAUAAUAGAUAAUUUUCGUCGUACGUUAGAUCUCGUACAAAGUACAACUCAUACUAAUACCUUAUUCUCUGCACUACGUACAAACUACAAUUUUCAUGUACUAAACGAUACUGACGAACUUUAUUUACAGCCACUCAAUUACUCUGAUUGUGACUGCAGUGUCUCAGCCACAUGUGUCGAACGAAUGUCAAUCUUUUAUUCUGAAACUAAAACGGUUUUAUUGAAUAUAUCUGGUUUAUAUACUGGAUGUUAUAUUGUCGAAGCACUUCUUCAGUCUACACUCGAAUUUUUUUAUAGUCAAAAAAGUAUUGCUAUACUAAAAAUACAUUUUGGUAUCCUUCCCGACUACAACAUCAGAUCUCUUAACGCAUCAUCGAAAAGUAGAUAUUCUGUUAAUUCAACAAUUCAACACCUUCUUGAUCAAUUGAUGAUUGAAGAAUGGAAUCUAAAUGAUAAAUACGAAAACUAUUACAAUAAAUGUCAACCAAUAGAAUGUAGUUACAGUUAUGCAACAAGAAAUGGUAUAGUUUAUAUCAUUACUGCAUUGCUUGGACUUGUAGGUGGUUUGGUAACUGUUUUAAAAAUUGUUGUUCCAAGAAUGUCUGUUGAAGUCAAUUCUAAUAAAACACGAUUACGAACAUUUUAUGAACAUUUUCGAAAGAGAAAAUUAAUGUGGAUAAUAAUUUUGAUUGUUUUUAUCGAUGUAGUUAUAGUUAUUCCAGGAAUUAUUAUUACACAGAACAAAAGAAAAAUGAAAAAAGGAUUAACACCAAAGGUGACAACAACAACAGUAGAGAUAACAACAUCAACAACAACAGCCAAGAUAACAACAUCAACGAGAACAAGUAAACAAAUACUUCCUUCUGUUAUCAUUAAUAACAAUACGAAAUGGAAACAAAAUGCAAUUACUGUUGCUGGAGGAAAUGGACAAGGACAUGAAUUAAAUCAGUUAAAUGCUCCUUAUGGUAUUUAUGUCGAUAAUGAUGAUCAAAGUAUUUAUAUUGCUGACAGUAGCAACGAUCGUAUUGUUAGAUGGGAAUUUGAUGCAAAGAAUGGUGAAAUUGUUGCAGGUGGAAAUGGACCUGGAGAUGCGAUAAACCAAUUGAGUCAUCCACAGGAUGUAAUUCUUGAUAAAGAGAAGAAAUAUCUCAUUAUUUGUGAUCAUGCUAACCAACGAGUGAUGCGAUGGUCUCGUCAAAAUAGUCAAGAUCAACAAAUAUUAAUACAUGAUAUCGUUUGCCUGGGUUUAGCAAUGGAUAAUAAUGGAGAUCUUUAUAUUUCUGACGUGGAAAAGGAUGCAGUCAGACGUUUUCACCAAGGAGAUAAAAUAGGUACAGUUGUAGCAGGUGGAAAUGGACAGGGAAAUCAAUUAAAUCAACUCGCUAAUCCUAGGUUUAUCUUUGUCGAUGAAUCAUAUUCAGUUUAUGUAGCAGAUACCAUAAAUAAUCGUGUAGUCAAAUGGAUGAAAAAUACGACCGAAGGCAUUCGUGUUGCCCCUGGACAAGUUUCUAUCAACAAUUCCAAUUUACUAUUUCCUCCGAACGGUGUGAUUAUUGAUCAUAUGGGUAAUCUUUAUGUGUCAAAUCGGGAUCGUCAUCAAAUAAUGCGUUGGUCGCCAUACGCAAUAGAAGGCACUCCUAUCGCUGGUAAAAAACAAUAUGGAUGGGGACCCACGGAACUCACGGAGCCAGAAGACUUAUCAUUUGAUCAACAGGGUAAUCUUUAUGCUGCCGAUAGAUCUAACCAUCGAAUACAAAAAUUUGUUACUGAUUGUGAUUAA